AAUACCUUAACUAAUAAAGAAUUCAAAAAAAUAAGUAAAUAUAUAAAUGGUGGCAGGAUCAAGAGAGAAUACCAGGGGCGAAUUAGAUCAUGCUUAUUAACACUUAAUCCUCUCUGGCUUCAGGAAAGCACUGAAAAUCCUCUUACUCUGGUUCAUCCCUCCCCCCUGGGGGCGGAGCCACUGGACGUAGGUGGGCGUGGUUAAUAACUCGGUCCUGGUAAUGGUGUAUAUAUACCAGGGUCAGGUCACGGCUCCCACAGUCCCGUGCCAGACUGUUCUAGGCUGGGAGAGCUUUGAGGGAGGUUCUCCUUUCGCUUUCGGCGCUACGAACCAGACAAGAGACGUCUGCUCCUGGUGAGUCCAGAGAUGGGACCGAGUGGGUUCGCGAGGCCAGAGUGAGGGAAGACCUGUGUGUUCCUGAGGGCCUGCUCUGUGCCCGCCAGAGAGACACAUACCUCGGAAGGGAAUCCAGACUGGGGUAGGGCAUAUUUAAAACGCAGGCGGUUGCUAGUCGCCGCCGCCAGAGCCUGGGAGACGAUGCAUCACUGUCAGCGAUACCGCUCCCCCGAGCCACACCCGUACCUGAGCUACCGAUGGAAGAGAAGGAGGCCUUACAGUCGGGAGCACGAAGGGAGACUGCGCUACCCAUCUCCAUGGGAGCCUGCACCCUGGAGAUCUCGGUCCAGAAGCCAUGACCGCUUACCCUACCAGAGGCGGUACCUGGAGCGCCGUGACAGCGCCACAUACCGAUGUGAGGAGCGGAGCCCAUCAUUUGGAGAGGGCUACUAUGGGUCUUCACGUUCCCAUCACCGACCACGGUCCCGGGAUAGAGAGCCGUACCGGACUCGCAAACAUGCCCACCAUUGCCAUUGCCACUGCCACAGACGCCGCCCCAGGUCUGGUAGCAGUGCCUCCUCGAGCAGCCAACAGAGCAGUACGUGCAGCAGCCGGAGCGUGGAAGAUGACAAGGAGGGCCACCUGUUGUGCCGGGUGGGCGAUUGGCUCCAAGAGCGAUAUGAGAUUGUGGGGGACCUGGGCAAAGGCACCUUUGGCAAGGUGGUGGAGUGCUUGGACCAUGCCAGAGGGAAGUCUCAGGUUGCCCUGAAGAUCAUUCGCAACGUGGACAAGUACCGGAAGGCUGCCCGACUAGAAAUCAAUGUUCUCCAAAAAAUCAAGGAAAAGGACAAAGAGAACCAGUUCUUGUGCGUCUUGAUGUACGACUGGUUUAACUUCCACGGCCACAUGUGCAUCGCCUUUGAGCUCCUGGGCAAGAACACCUUUGAGUUCCUGAAGGAGAAUCAUUUCCAGCCUUACCCCCUACCACAUGUCCGGCACAUGGCCCACCAGCUCUGCCACGCCCUGAGAUUCCUACAUGAGAACCGACUGACCCACACAGACUUGAAGCCAGAGAACAUCCUGUUUGUCAAUUCUGAGUUCGAAACGAUCUACAAUGAGCACACGGGCUGUGAGGAGAGGUCAGUGAAGGACUCCAGCAUCCGAGUUGCUGACUUCGGCGCUGCUACCUUUGACCAUGGGCAUCACACAACCAUUGUGGCCACUCGUUAUUACCGCCCACCUGAGGUGAUCCUAGAGCUGGGCUGGGCACAGCCCUGUGACGUCUGGAGCAUUGGCUGCAUUCUCUUCGAGUACUACCGGGGCUUGCCACUUUUCCAGACCCACGAAGACCCAGAGCAUUUGGUGAUGAUGGAGAAGACCCUAGGGCCCAUCCCAUCACACAUGAUCCACCGUACCAGGAAGCAGAAAUAUUUUUACAAAGGGGCCCUGGUUUGGGAUGAGAACAGCUCUGAUGGCCAGUAUGUGAUGGAGAACUACAAACCUCUGGAGAGUUACAUGCUCCAAGACUCCCUAGAGCACGUGCAGCUGUUUGACCUGAUGAGGAGGAUGUUAGAGUUUGACCCUGCCCAGCGCAUCACACUGGCGGAGGCCCUGCUGCACCCCUUCUUUGCUGGCCUCGCCCCUGAGGAGCGGUCCUUCCGCACCAGCCGCAACCCCAGCAGAUGGCAGGCACAGGCCACUACAUGAGGAGAUGGAACUGGGCUGCCUGGCCCUCUCUCUCCAACUCCUAACCGCUGGGCCCCAGGGCCAGAGCCACCCAAGGAACAGUGCAAUGUGAAGGAAGGCAGGUGCCUGCAAGGGCGAAGACAUGCCCAGCUGCCAGAAAGCACAGAUUUGACCCGAGCUACUUAUAUGUUGUAAAGUUAAAAUAAAGUGUUUCUU